UAUUGAUAUCGACUGCAGUGUUUUGCAAUAAAUAAAUAGCUAAUUUUAAUCAAUAAAGCCAUAAAAUCCGACAUAAAUAUGGAUAUUACAAGAUUACCUAACGACAAGAAAUUACAGUUAUGUAGGUGGUACUUCAAAGUUGGUUGCGUGUUCUUACCGUUUGUUUGGGCGGUGAAUGCGGUCUGGUUCUUCAAGGAGGCUUUUACGAAGCCUCCGUUUGACGAGCAGAAGCAAAUCAAGAGGUAUGUGGUGAUGAGCGGGCUGGGAGCCCUGGCGUGGGCGGUGGGUCUUAUCUCCUGGGCACUCAUCUUCCAAGCUCGACGGGUGGCGUGGGGCACCACUGGGGAGGCGCUUUCCUUCGUGCUACCACUCGGCAGAGCUUAGGUGUAUGCUUAUAAUGAAAUGUGAGUGUGUUUAGUAAAACGUCACACUUUAUCAGUUACUAUUAAGGCGAGAUUUAAUUGUAUCUUUAUAUGAAUAAACUGACAAAGUGGCUUUAUAGCAAUCAACAAAGUGGAUUGUUCUCCCGUGCACACUCACAAAUGGUCACUUUCUCAAGGCACUCACUGAUUAUUACCUUCUCUAAGCUAUGAAUUCGCAGAAAACCAUACUUUGUAUAAGUUUUGGCUCGAUACUGCAGUGAACAUGUUAAAUUGCCAGAGGCAUUCCACAAAACUGUCCCUUACAAAAUACUGCUACCAAUCAGGUUCAUUGGUACGAUCCGGCCAUCCGGGGUUCGGACCCGCAACCUCCGGAUCGAAAGUCCCACGCUCUUACCGCAAGGCCACCGGCGCAUUUUUAAUCAUAUAGAUACAAAUAAUGUUAAUCACCUACUAAUUGUAACUUUCCACAAAAAAAUGGAGACUAAAAUAUUCACAAUAACUUAACUGCUGCUGCUAACUUUAUUGCUAUACGAGGGUUUCUGGUGAAACCCGAUAAGUUGAGCAAAGUGGUUUUUGAAAUUCAAACUAU